GUAGCGUGACGUUAAUGUAACCCGGAAGCUGAACUGGUCUGGGCAAAUCUUCCUGUCUAGUUGCGCUGUGUAUGUUGAAGCGCUUGCGUUCCACGCCUCGGCUCGGAGACACGUUCAAGUGUGGUUAUGGCGGGAGAGGAGCACGGAGGAGGCUGGAGAGCGCUGCGAGUGGUUAUGGCGGCGCUUGUCUUGUCACUUUCCCCCGUCUUGUGCUCUACUACUGCAGGAAGCCAAGUAAAUGUUGUGAAACUUGCGGAGCACAGAUCAGAUCGGUUCAUUUAUAUAGAAUCUCAGAAUUUCUGCUACCAGAAACCUUACGAACCAAAAUGGCACGACAUCUGGACUAAAGUGCAGAUACGGGUGAACAGUACCAAAAUGAUUCGAGUUACACAAGUUGAUAGUGAGGAGCAGCUUUUGGAAACGGAAACCUUCAGUGUGGGCAGCCUGUUCUCUUUUUUGAAGGAAAAAUUUAAUGAUACCUACGUUAAUGUGGAUCUCCACAGCAACAAAACCUGCAUUAAAGUGCAUGUAAAUGAGGAAGACACUCAGUAUACUGUAGUGAUUUUGAGAGGGUUUGACCCCAAGCUUUUCCUGGUUUUCCUUUUUGGUCUUCUAUUGUUUUUCUAUGGAGAUACACUUAGUAGAAGUCAGAUCUUUUACUACAGUACAGGAGUAAGUGUGGGUAUGGUGGCCUCAAUGCUUAUUCUUGUGUUCAUGCUCUCAAAGUUGCUACCUAAGAAAAGUUCAUUCUACAUGUUACUGGUUGGCGGUUGGUCUUUUUCUCUUUACAUUAUCCAGUUGGUGGUUAAAAAUUUUCAGGGAAUCUGCACAGAAUAUUGGCAGUAUCUAUUGGGAUAUCUCUGCAUUGUGGGUUUUGUCAGCUUUGCUGUCUGUUAUAGAUAUGGGCCAUUAGAAAACACGCGAAGUAUCAAUCUUCUGAAUUGGACCCUGCAAUUAGUUGGUUUGCUAUUAAUGUAUGUCGGUGUCCAGGUGCGCCAUGUUGCUUUGUCUAUGAUGGCAAUUGCAUUUUGCACGAAACAGAUCGAGUACCCUAUGCACUGGGCAUACAAUCUUUACAGAAAGGUGUCUAAAUUCAGAGAGAAGCCCAGCCCACCACGCUUUCUGACAGAGGAAGAAUAUCGGAAGCAAGGAGAGCUAGAGACAAAAAAAGCAUUAGAAGACUUACGGGAUUACUGCGCUAGUCCAGAUUCUCAAUCGUGGAGAAUCGUGUCACGCAUCCAGUCACCAAAGAGAUUGGCUGACUUUGUGGAGGGUUCAUCUCAUCUGUCACCGAAUGAAGUCUCUGUACAUGAACAUGAAUAUGGACUUGGUGGCUCUUUCUUGGAAGGGGAGUUAUUUGGGGAGGAAAGUGACAUGGAAACUGAAGAUAAUGAUGAUGAACCGGAACCUGAAAUUAAUCAACCCUUUAGGUCACCACAUAGUUGAUGUUCCUUGGUCCUUGUCUUUCAUUGUCUGGACUUUUUCUGUUUCAAAAGCCAUAGAAUUGAUAAUGGAGCCAUUGAUGGACUCUUGGAAAGUCAAUGAUUGAAAAGUGCACUGGAGCUUCUUACUGUUACCGUAAAGACUUGACACCAGAAACGGCUUACAUUCUUGGAAACAAAAUCUGCUCAGUGCUGCCUAUCCUUGAGAGCUGUAGAUUCUGCACUUUGUGCUACUAUGCAAAAUGGUCUGCCUCCUGAAUAUGCUGUCCAACCUCGGAGUACAUGUACAGUUACUAUUUUAACUAAUAUUCUAUGUUUAUACCACAACAGAUCGGUUUCUAUUGCAAAUGUUUGUUUUUCUUCGUUUAGGAUCAAUUCACACCCAUGCUUUUUUUUUUUUUUUUUUUUUUUUUUUUUUUUUUUUUCUGCCUAAUAUGUCCUCUGUUGAAAUCAAUGCAAGCUCAUAUUUAACAUGCAUGUUGACGAAUGUUUAACUUGUCGGUGCAUUUCAUAAUGAACAUCACUGUGUGUUGAUGUGCAACUU